CGUCAGACUACGCCGCAUUGAGAGUCCUAGGGGUGGGUCGGCUGAGCCCGCCCCUCCAUUGAAGACCAGCGCGCUCCCGUCUUUACUUUCUAAGCCUUGUUGACCCGGAAUGCUUUUGGCGUUGGUACGCUCUGUGUGCUUACUUCCUCGAAGUUCUCGUCGUUCCUGCCUUUAACUCACUUUCUGUCUUUUGAGUAUUAGUUACGAUUGCAGCGGCCAUGAGCAUCCAGCUACGCAUACCGUCGCUACAGGAACGUCGGCCAACCUUUCAAAGCAAGUCGCGUAGCCUGAUCAGGGCUUCAUCACCACCGCGGUCCCCUGCUCUACAAGGAGACAUAUGCGAGGCUAUCGAAUCAGAUGGGCGACCAUGUCACAAGCCACUGCAGUCCGAGGACGAUGUGUGGUGUCUAAGGCAUGCGCAGGAUCUUAAGGAUAUGAACAUGGCAUGGGACAAAUUCCAGAAAGAGGCAGAGAAGAUAGAGGUCAAAGAUCCUUCAACGGCGAAACAAAAGAUGCAGAAGCUGCAGUUAGCCAUGAACUUGCGCCGACGAUUACGGGAAAGAUUCCAUACCCGCGGUGUGGAUACACCGGACUACACCAAAUGGAUUGCCAAGGUCGAGAGCGACACUAGACAGCUCGCUGAUGCAUUGUUGAUGUCGAACAUGAAGGACCGACGUCCAACGCCUGAGACCCCUAAGUCAGCUACGCCAUACCCAGACACUGCGCAGUUUGAGAAGAUCUUGGUGCUUCAAUCCCCACUUAGCCCCAGAAUACCCAUGAGCUCGCUCCAAAGUAUGCCCGACGAUGGGAGCAUCAGAAUUCUCAAACAAUUUCAAACGGACUUGUGUAACGACGCUAUCAAUCGCCUCUACAGUAUCGUUCCGGAUCUCGAUGAUCGGCCGCUGCGUAGAAAUGACACACCCAAUGGUGAUCAAAUCGAUCUUGGAGUGGAAAUUGUAAGGGCAUGGUUCCGAAUUAUGGUUCUGAACGAUAGCGAAGCAGAAGUGCUCGAGCAUGCGAGCAGGUCGAGAUGCAUCGAUGAAUUCCUCGCUGGCUGCCAGGCUAGCCAUCUUGAGAUGUACUGCGACUAUUUCGAAAAUGCAUGGCGACCUCAGGCGGUACAAUAUCUGCGUGUAGCCAUUUGUGCACAGACAUUGGCUGGAGGCGACAUCAAAUCGAUUCGUCUUCUUGGCGGCGUGAUCCCCAGCUCCACAGAAGGUCUCCGUAUGACCAAGCCUGCCUGGGACAUACUUUACCGGUGGUUUCCUACUCUUCUUACACCCUGGACCGUCGCAAGCAUCUGCUCUAACUUCGAAGACUACACUACCAUUUGCAAGCUCUUGAUGCUUGGUAUGUACAACGAGCACUGGUCCGACCCAGGGAGUAUACUGAAUGAGUGUUCUGUCGGCGUUUAUCUCGGCUUCGUGCCGACAAGCAAGGGAGACUUUUCGUCGAGUCUCCAGUUGAAGGAAGAGACAAAAGCUUACGUCCACGUCGAGUCAAGGAACUACCUCUGUGGUCAGAUGGCGAUGGGUGACCCUUUCACGCGAGAUUUCCUAGAAGAGUUGCGCAAACGGACCAAUCGGCUGCAUCUCGUCGUCUAUGAGGGCACCAGUGCGGAAGCUACUGUGCACCCUACGGAGCCUGAAUUGUUCAUCAAUCGUUAUAGGUCUGCUUCAACGCGCGAAGGCCUUCAUGAUGCGACAUGGACCACCCUCAUGACUCUGGAGGACAUCAAAAACCAAUUGCGACUGCGAAAGACUUCGAUGUACGACCCUAUUGUUGUUGAUUCCUGGCAGUUUAUCAUCAUCGACCGUGAAGUCGGUCAACCGUUCGAACUUCUGGACAUUGUUCAAGACACCCUACUGAUGCUGGUUGGGGAUCCUUCCCCUCGAUCCAUUGCGAAACGUGUCAUCCGGAGUGUCAUUCCGCCUUCCGUUCAAGAGAUCUUCUUGGAAGAGAUGAUCAUUGAAUGCUCACCCGAGCUUCGUUACUCACCGCCUCAUGACGUUCAGUACGAUGGUAAUCGUUUCAGAUGUUACAACCCGGACCCGAACCUGAUCGCACACCGUCAAAGGGAGCUUGCAUCUGAGAAGCUUACGCGUAACGAGAACCGUUUCAUCCGACGACUUGUCGAGGACAUGGAGCGACUGGGCAUUAUUUCGCUCGCUCAAGACUGGGAGGAGCCGCAGUCUCAACCGGUGAUCGUGCAAGGCUCAGAUGGCGCGCUCGACUUAUACUUCCCUUACGAACACGCUGAAACGACUGUCGACGGUCAGAGAGCGGCUUCGUUGCCUUUUCCACCUAACAACUCGCUGGAAGACUUUGCGAGGUCAUGGAAACAACAACAUCCAGAUGGCAUCAUGGCAAAGGGCUCCAUUCAAACGCAUUAUUGUGCAUGGCCUAUGCCUACGAUGCGAAGUCUUGGUAACAUAGGGUCGAACUUUGCUACUCCAGAAGGGCACAUCUAUCACUGGAACGCGAUGCCGUUCGAUCGACCCUGGUCUGCCCACGCCUGGCAGUACUACAUCCAACACCACAUCAACAACAAACAUACAUUCGUCUAUUUCUAUCUCUCUACCUUCAUCAUUUGCGCGACAGGUGCAGAGGAUGCGGAGCUUAAGUCCACGGAGCUACUAGAAGUUACGGAAGACCAUGGCUGGCGAAUCACGAUACCCAAGAUCAAGAGCUGGAAGUCCGAAGUCGAAGAUCUGAAGCUUGAUGUAUUAUAUAGCGGCAUAGGCCCUGCUGAGGAUCUCUGAACCAUUGACCUUUCUUCUUUUUGGCAAUCUCAGCUUAGCAUGUAGCGUCUGCUUUGUGUUUUGAUACCCUCCUAGCUUUAGGCAGAAUGGAAUAUCUGCAUUUCAUGCACUCAAAUCUCGACCGACGACGGCCUCAUGGAUUUGGCAAAGCAAGAUUGUAGCAGUCGGAACAGGCGAGGCUGUUCUAUUAUUAGCCAAUGAUGGACCGUAUUCAAUCUCAUUCGGGCCUGGUGGCAUCGGAAACGGGAAGGCUAGAUCAAAAUGAAGUGAAUCAGGAACCUCACCUUGAUCCC